UAAUAAUGGUGGUUUCAGGUAAAAUUUUCUAAACCCUAUACAAUGACUUGGUAAAAACCCCAUUUGAGAUUUUUGCGAAGUUCUCCAUUGUUUAGUUCCUCUACUCUACUCUAUGGUGAACAUGUUGACCAACAAGAACAAAAUCCACGUUUUCUGCUACAACAUUCUCAACCUUAACAUUCACACAAGAUCUAUAUCAAGUCUGAAAGUAGUGUGGCGCAAAGACCCAUUACUAGAUCAAGCCAUAGAAAACGACAAACGCUACAAACAAUGUUUCCGCGUCGUGAAAGAAGUUCUCAACGAACCAGGUCAAGUCAUCCCUCUACGCUACCUCGAAAAACGCCGCCAAAGAAUGCGACUUAAGGUUAAAAUCGAAACCUUUCUCAAUCAAAACCCUUUCUUAUUCGAUCUCUAUUACGAUCGCAUUAAACCCAAAACCGAACCCGUUAAGUUUCUACGUGUUAGCGAUCAUCUUUUGAAGUUUCUUGAUGAAGAGAAACGGAAUUUUAAGGAGAAUGAACCGUUUAUUGUUUCAAAGUUGUGUAAAUUGUUGAUGAUAUCCAAGGAUAAAGUUGUUAGUGCUGAUAAAUUGCUUCAUGUAAAAAGGGAAUUUGGUUUCCCUAACGAUUUUUUGGUUGAUUUGGUUCCUAGGUAUCCUGAAUAUUUUAGGUUAACUGGUUUACCUGGUGAGGGAGCAUCGUUUCUUGAAUUGGUUAAUUGGAACCCUGAAUUUGCUAAAUCUGUUAUUCAGAAAAGGGCUGAAGAAGAAGCUAAGGUUACUGGGAUUAGGGUUAGGCCUAAUUUCAAUGUGAAGCUUCCACCUGGGUUUGUGUUGAAGAAGGAGAUGAGGGAGUGGAUUAGGGAUUGGAUCGAGCUUGAUUAUAUUUCGCCCUAUGAGGAUGUUUCUCAUUUGGAGCAAAGUUCUAGAGAGAUGGAGAAGAGGUCUGUUGGGGUUUUCCAUGAGUUGCUUUCUCUUUCGUUGUAUAAGAGGAUUCCGGUGCCGAUUCUUGGGAAAUUUUGUAAUGAAUAUAGGUUUUCGAAUGCCUUUUCGAGCGCUUUUACGAGGCAUUCGGGUAUAUUUUAUUUGUCGUUGAAAGGUGGGAUUGAAACUGCAAUGUUGAGAGAAGCGUAUGAAGGGGAUAAGUUGAUUGAUGUGGAUCCACUGCUAAAGAUAAAAGAUAGAUUUGCUGAGUUGUUGGAGGAGGGUUGGCGGCGAAGAGCGGAGGAGCUGAGGUUGAAACAAGAGAAAAUUAAGCAAGAUAUGGAACUUGUGGCCAUAAGAGCUGGAGAAUGAUAAUAUAAAAUCGAAAUUUGGAUAUAUGAAGAGCUUUCCAUUUGGAAAUUUCUUUCUCUGGAGAAAAAAGCUUUAGCAAUGCUGGCAAGUACAUUUCUCCUUACUUUUUAUGAUUGUUAAACUUUAGAUACUUGAAUUAUUUUAGGAAAAAUUGAAUCAAUGGUUGCCUGUUAGUACCCUGUUACUGAAAAAUGCUUCAGUAAAAUGUUGUUGGCUUAGAUAUAUUGUAUUUAGAGAUCAAAGUUUUUUGUCCAUAUUUAUGUUGUUGAGACCAAUUUCAUGUGUGUACUCUUGGGUAGAGGAGGAUUGUUGUUUAAGUGAUACUUCCUUUGACUUGCCUGGGUAUUAUUGGUCAACCUAAUUUUGAAUUCAUAGAAUUCCAAGUAUUGCAUACAUUCCUUGAAAUAUUAUAAUUUCAAUUUUAAGAGAACUACAAGAAAUUGUUGGAAGCUGAGUGCUAAUUUGAGUAAUGGAAAGCCUCAUCACCUCCAUGGAAAAGCCUAAUUUGAAUGAAUUUAAAGACAAGGUGAUCCAAAUAAUCUUUUUGGUGUCAGACAAAUCCUGCAUUGACGUUCAAAUACGAAAAUGCCGAGUUUCUGUUUGAGACAUCUAAUGUUGGAUUUCCUCUGAUAAUUCGUAGUGAAAGAAGUACGCAUCUGCAAAUAAUGGAAGAAAUGAGCAAGUUCUGCAUUCAAAUUAUCUUUUAGAACAACAUUAAGCAAUUGCGUUUAAAAAUGCCGGAAACAGGCUGAGCAAAGGUCUAAAAUAGCUUAAAUUUCUCAUGCCACCAUGAAUGUUAAUUUAAGAAAAUUGUUGUACCUAUCUGAAAUAUUUCUGCCCUUUGAAGUUCAAUUUUUUGUGAUAA